GGAUAACAUCGCGCACACAGAAUAGCGCAAGGCAUAUUCGCGCAAGACCGAAAGAAAAAAACGGCAUGAAAAUUAAGAAUUGAAAAAGCUCGAUUUUUUUUCAACCGGGGCGCAGGGAGUCCUAACCGGGGCGCCGCCCCGGCUCGCCCCGGCUUGGCUACACCUCUCCUCUCGACUGAUCGCAACGAAACUUGACGGACCAACUCGACAUGUCGACAGCGGAAAAAAAGCCCGUCCAAGUUUCUCCAAAUGAGGACGGCGACAAACUGCAGCUAAUUCAAGGUGUGGGACCUUUGUGCUUCCGGUGUGUAGGUGCUGUCUUCCUGGCGGCUGCGUCAUCUUUGGGCCUGAUCGCAGGCUUCGGAUCCACUUUGGCUUUGGCCAAGAAGAACGAUCCGGACUGCUUCAGCAAGCAGGGUGUGACGGCGGCGCUUCCCGAGAGUGGCGGGGCGCUGGCGCUGCGAGCUCUGGGCCGUGGCUCGGCGUACACGUGCCUUGCCGUGGGUGUGCUCAGCCUGGGCGCAUGCAAGCUGCUCGGCGUCGGCAGUCUGUCCGACCUCAGACGGAAGAUGGCAUUGUUGUUGCCACCCAUCUCCAGGUCGGAAGCGGCGCCGAGGUCUGACUUGAGCAACCUCGACUCGCUCUUCAGGUCCAAGUGAGCGGACGGAACGUAGGCGGUUGGCGUGUGUCGGAAAGCCACCGUUUGUGACUUGGCUUUGUAGGACUGUGGGAAUGUUUUCUGUUGGUGUUGGCUUCAUACACAUCAACAAGCUUGCAUGUCAGAAACAGGUUAGUGGACUUCCUGCGUGUGCUGCCGUAAGUACUAGCUGAACUUGCAAAAAUAUUUGUUUCUUUAUGGUUGGUGACUCUGUGGACGUAAUACAAAUAAAUGUCAUCUGAAUGCAAA